AUGUGCUGGACACUACCAUCUCCUCAGCCAGAACCCUCCUCAUCUACCUCCAAAGAGACAGACGCCAUAGUCGCCGGGAUCCAGGGCUUCCUCGCAGCCCUAAACAGCAAAUCCCGCGUCGACUUCGAAAAGCACUGCGUCCGAGCAGGUGGCAUGUCCCUCUCACCUCCAGCACCAACAGAGCUACGUUUCUGCACGAUCGGGUCAUUCGUCGAACACGUCGCUAGCGUUACAGACGAGAUCGAUGAGCGUAUCUGGGAUCCAAAGGUGGAAAUGCACGAGGCUGGGAACCUUGCUGCGGUGUGGGCACCGUUCCGAGCAAAAAUCAACGGUGUAGUCGAUCAUGUUGGUGUGGAGCUUUUUAUUCUGCAUAGAUUGAAUGGCGAGUGGAAGGUGACUGGGUUGGCGGAUUCUUGUCGAAGGCCGACGGAGGAUGAGAAGCUGUUGGAUUAA